UGCUUGUUGAUCAUGGUGACACCACUCUUGUCGGUCAAUUGGAAAGAGCAUUCCAACAUACUAAGUACAGUGUGUACAGAUUUAUUUGACAACUAUUUUGUUGAUUGUACAAUAGCUGCUGAGAAACAGAGUCUAAAAGCUCAUAGACUGAUUUUGUCUGCAUGCAGCCCAUAUUUUCAUAUGUUAUUCAGUGAAGAAAGAGAGAAGCACCCAAUCCUUAUCCUUAAAGAUGUAUCAUUUGAUGCACUAAAAAAUGUGAUUGAUUUUGUGUAUCAUGGGGAGAUCCAGAUUCCAAAAGAAGAUCUAAAGGCAUUUUUGGAACUUGCUGAGUCUCUGCAGAUCAAAGGCCUAAAUGAUUCUUCAAUGAAAGAUGGAUGUGAGCUCUUUAUUUAUGAUGCUAGUGGAGAUGCCUGUCAAGGUCCAUCCUCUGAUAAUCAGAAAGACACCUUUGAAGUUCAAAGUACUAGUGCGAGCCAUGAUAGAACUGAAAGUUCAUUUGAGCAACCUCCUCUUUACCAAUUAUAUGACUGCCCAGAUACAGUGCAGAUAAAUUCUUCUCCUUCAUUUGAAGAAAGAAAUAGGGCUCCUGACAAAGAAAAAUCAAUACUAGAGAUGGUAUUGUCUCAGGAAAAGAAUACUCCUGUCUUGCCUAGCGUGAAUUACGAGGGUGCAGAAAUAAAAGUCAAAAAAGAACCAAUGUGUGUUGUGUUGAAAUGUGAACAAAUAGAUGAGUGUGAUGAACUUCUGCAGGAAGAUGAUACAGAGGAAUCGUGCUUAUUUCCAGGACGCAAGUCUCGUAUUUGUGAUGCUAGCAGAGACAUGCAUCAAAAUCCGUCCUGUGAUGACACAUUUCACGUUCAAAGUACUAGUAAAAGAUGUAACAGUACUGAAAGUUCUUCUGAGCAACCUCCUCAUUCAGAUAGCUGCACUGACACAGGGCAGACAAACUCUUCUCUUGCAUUUGAGGAAAGCAAUAUACCUUGUAAGAAGAAAGGAUCGCUAUUAGAAAUGGCACUGUCUCGGUCACACUAUGAACCUAUGUUGCCUGGCAUGUCGAAUCUGGACACACAAACAACAUUGAAAGAAGAGCCAUUACGACCUGAGGGCGUUUUUGUGAAAAGCGAACAACCAGAUGAAUGUGAUGAAAAUAUGCAGGAAGAUAAUGCAGAUGAUAUGGAUGAAUGGGGACAACCCAUAUUUACUGAACAAAAUCUGGACCAAUACUCUAGCAUUGCUUCAACUCACAAGGAGAGUUCCAAUGAACUGCUGAAUGCUGUUAGAAUGCCUCUGAUCAUUGGACCCUCAAAUGCACAAGAUUAUGAGCUGAAACAGGAGAGGAAAUAG